UUUGGGAAGCCACAAGAUUGCAGGAGAAGCAGUUCAUCCUCGAACCAAGCCAUGUCGGGCAAGCUGAUCAUGAAGCGCAAGCGGGCCAGCCAGGACGAUCAGCAGCAGGCGCCGGAGCAACGUGUCCAGCCGCAGGAGCAGCUCCAGCAGCAGGAUGUGGCAGCUCCGGAGAAACGUCAUCGUCCGCUCACUCCACCCGCCGAGGAACCAGGACAGGAUUACCCAGCAGAGCCCGAUGCCCCCAACAGAAUCCUCCUAGAAGCCCUGCAAAAGAUCAUGGAGCUGCAAGCCGAGCUGGAUGCUUUUGAACAGGAUCUGGAUGAGCGGGAUGGCUAUGCGGCCGCAGGAGCUGAACAGGAGGAGGAGGAGGUCGAGGAGAGCGCCGAGGAUGCCGAAGUGGCUGCCCAGUUUGCACCACCCACCCCAGCCCAAAGGAGUCAGGCGGAGGCAAUGGGCUUUGCCAUGUGUGCCAGGGAAACGCUGCUCUUCCUCCAGAGCGAGGGAAUACCCACGGAGUCGCCACUUUACCAGACUCUCCUCGGAAAACUGGUGGGCCAAAGCGAGGGACUGCUGCACGCCUGA